ACAAAGAAAUAGGCCCAGGAACAAGACUACAUGAUGUGGAAUGGGAGCCUUAUUUCUGCGUUCUACUCCAAGAUGAACAAACACUGACAGCCUAUAGGAGUGAAGAACUUGCUCUUUUUCCUGGGACGAUUUUUGGGAUGAGAAAUCGUUUGAAGAUCGGCGAUGCCCUAUUCGUGGAACUACCCCGGGUACGGCUCGACGGGGGUGCCAAGGCCUUCAGACAGCGCUGGGGCUACGAGGGGGGCAAUGCCCUGCUGCGCCCCCCUAAUGGAGGAGGAUGA